AUAGUGACACUCGUGUUUUGACAGCUCUAGCUUGUCAGAAAAAAACGCCAGAACUUCUAGUCGCAUUUGCUAAUUUUAUUUAAAUAUAUAUAUAUCUACCAUAUAUUUGAAGAAAACCGACAGAGAGUUGUGAAUAUGGCUGCGCCAAUGCAACACGAGGACCUUUUGAAGCUGAAGGGCUUCAUCGAGUUCGUAGACUCGAAUCCGACGGUUUUGAACCUGCCGCAGCUGCAGUUUGUGAAGGAUUUCAUUGAGAAAUUCGGUGGCAAGGUGCCGGCGGGUGACUUCAAGAUGCCCGACGCCUCUGCCGGAAGCAAGUGCCCCUUUGGUGGCGAUGCCAGUGCAAAGGCCAAUAAGCCGGCUUCCCCCGGCGUCGAUGCCGAGAAAAAUGCCUCUGAGGACAGCGAGGAUGAGUCCGAGUCCGAGCCCGAGUCGGAUGUGGAGCUGGACAUGGAGGGCGUGAUCGAGGCGGACAGCGAGCCAGCACAGCCGAUGGGUGAUUCCGCCAAGGAGCCCACUGAGGAGGAGGUGGACCAGGCCGGCGAUCUGCGCGCUCAGGCGGCAUCUGCCUAUGGCGAACAGAAGUUCGACGAGGCCAUUGCCUUGUACACCAAGGCCAUCGAGCUGAAUCCGGGCAAUGCUUUGUUCCACGCCAAGCGCGGCCAGGCUUUCCUCAAGCUGAAGAAGCCGAACGCCUGCAUCCGGGACUGCGACAAGGCUUUGGAACUGAACUGUGACUCGGCCGCUGCCUACAAGUUCAGGGGACGUGCUCGCCGCCUGCUUGGUGACUUUGAGCUGGCUGCCAAGGAUUUGCGCCAGGCCUGCAAGCUGGACUUUGACGAGGAGGCCGACGAAUGGCUGCGCGAGGUGACGCCCAAUGCCAAGAAGAUAGAGCAGCAUCGCGUGAAGCAGGAACGCCGCCAGGCCGAGCGAAAGAUCAAGGAUCGCCAGCGGGCUCAACGGCGGGCACGCAAAGAGCAGGAAAGGCAGAGCGCCAAUUCGACAUUCCCGGGUUUCCCGGGCGGAGCUGGUGGCCCUGGAGGCGGCUUCCCUGGCGGCGCGUCAUUCCCGGGUUUCCCUGGCGGAGCUGGCGGCGGUGGAGGCAUGCCGGGCGGCAUGCCCGGUAUGCCCGGUGGCGUCGAUAUGAGCGAAUUGCUGGGAGCAAUGCAGGAUCCGGAGGUUGGGGCUGCUAUGCAGGAUAUUCUCGGCAAUCCAGCCAACAUAUCCAAGUACGUGUCGAAUCCGAAGAUCUUCAAUCUUAUCAAGAAGUUUGUUCCCGGCGGCGAUAUCGGCGCUGCCUUUGGCCAAUCAGAGGCCAAAUCUGGAGCCGAAGAGGCCAGCGAGCCGAAAACAAAGAAGAAGGAUUCCGCCGACUUCGUGGACGAUGGCUUGGAUUAAGGAACCCUAACUAUGAAACAUGUGGCGAUGAAAAUAAGUUAACAAAACAUACACAAGAUAUAACAAUACACACGACAAAGAGCAGGAGCGCGAUACAUAGCACUGGAAAGGAGGGAGACAGAUACGGAAAAGAUCUAAAAAACAGAGAGGAGGAGGAAGGAGGAAGAAACAGCUGCUGCCUUAGAAAAAAUUACAACACACUCUCUCUUCAAAAUACAACAAAAGACAUUAAUAAAGCCUGUCAGCUGCAAACUAUUUCCUAAUCCAAAAGGAAGAAAAUAAUGCAACAUUUUCCUAAAUCAUCUAUCGUCAUGAACAAACAUGAACAAUACGAUUCCUUUCACAUCAAAGGAAACAAAAUGUUUCCCUACACUUCAAAGCCAAGUCUGUCGGUCGGUCGGAUCUAGUUGAACUAAAGCUCGAUGAGAAACCAAAACAAAACGAUGAAAAUAAAACGUAUAUUAAAGUACUAGCCUUAAUUAACACGGGAUGCUCUCGAAGACUCCACAUAACCAGAUCGAAAGCCAUAUGCAAGCACAGCGAGAACAUCAUUUGCCCAAACAAAAUUGUACUGAGUAGGAUUUUGAGUAAUAAUAACGAAUAUUGUACUAAGCAAAUGCAUUUAGCCAUCCGAUAACAAGACACAUGCCCACGAAUCACUUACUCAUUCAUACACAUACAUAUAUAUCCAUGUAAAGCAUUCAUUCAACCAGUGAUCGAAACGGAAUUAAUAAUAAACGAGAAUCCAAAGUG